AUGUACUCUUAUUGGGCUGCCGUUUUUAGUCUACCGGCUAGUAUCAUCAAAAGUAUCGAGAGGAUUAUGAAGGAUUUUUUAUGGCAGCAAGGUUCGUUGGGUUCGAACAAAGCUAAGGUUGCAUGGAAAGAUGUGUGCCUCCCCAAGUCCGAAGGGGGGCUGGAUAUUCAAAAGGUUUCAGAUGUGAACAAGGCUCUAAUGACAUUUCAUAUUCAUAGCAUAGUUUCGGGUCGCAAAUCUCUUUGGGUCGAGUGGAUUUAUGCUCAUCGGCUUCGGGUUAGGAGUUUUUGGGAUGUUAAGCGACAGAUGGAUUCACAUGAUCAUUUGUUUUUUGAAUGCUCGUACUCCUCAAAUGUUUUGGAUGCUCUCAAAGAGAGGUCUUGUAUGAAGAAGGUUCCGAAUAAGUGGGAAGACAUCAUGAGAUGGCUGCAACCGAAGGCUAGUUCCAGAUCUUUGAACUCAGUUAUUGCUAAACUUACUAUAAAGGCGACUGCGUAUUAUGUUUGGCAAGAAAGGAAUUACAGAUUCUUUAACAAUCAAUUGAGACCGCCGGAAGUGUUAACGGGCAUCAUUAUUGAUACGGUCAGAUUGAAAUUAUUAUCAUUCAAGUAUAAAGAUAAGCCGCAUGUGAGGAAGACCUUGGAUGAUUGGAAGCUGAUGUCGGUGGAUACAUUCGAAGAUAACUGA